AUUAUGUCUGUAUCCGUUGCUAGUAAUAGGUUGGUGUAUGUGGUAUAAAAACGGGCCAUCGUCGACGACGGUUAGCCAGGACGUCCAGUUCUACCUCCUCCGGUAAACCACUCAGUCUUUCAGACAUCGCAAUGGCCUUCUCCUCUCUUCUGGCCCUCGUUGCCCUCGUCGCGGUCACUCGCGCAGCCCCGACCGCAGUCUGCUCUGACGGCACUCGCGUCAGCAACUCUGCUUGCUGUGCUUUCAUUCCUCUUGCUCAGGAUCUGCAGGAGACCCUUUUCAUGAAUGAGUGUGGUGAAGAUGCUCACGAGGCCAUUCGUCUGACUUUCCACGAUGCUGUCGCGAUCUCCCGCUCCAAGGGAGCCAAGGCCGGAGGAGGCGCCGACGGCUCGAUGCUCCUGUUCCCCACCGUCGAGCCUAACUUCUCGGCCAACAACGGUAUCAGCGACUCUGUCAACAACCUCAUUCCUCUCAUGCAGAAGCACGACACCAUCAGCGCUGGUGACCUCGUCCAGUUCGCUGGUGCCGUUGCCCUUAGUAACUGCCCCGGCGCGCCGCGUCUCGAAUUCUUGGCUGGUCGCCCGAACAAGACCAUUGCUGCCAUCGAUGGCCUGAUCCCUGAGCCUCAGGACGAUGUCACCAAGAUCCUCGAGCGUUUCGAUGAUGCUGGAGGCUUCACGCCCUUCGAGGUCGUAUCUCUCCUUGCGUCCCACUCUGUCGCCCGCGCGGAUAAGGUCGACUCGACCAUUGAUGCCGCUCCCUUCGACUCAACGCCGUUUGUCUUUGACACACAGGUCUUCCUCGAGGUUCUGCUCAAAGGCGUAGGUUUCCCAGGAACGAACAACAACACGGGCGAGGUCGCCUCGCCUCUCCCGAACACCACCGGUACCGACACCGGCGAGAUGCGUCUGCAGUCCGACUUUGCGCUCGCACACGACGAGCGCACGGCGUGCUUCUGGCAGGGCUUCGUCAACCAGCAGGACUUCAUGUCGAACAGCUUCCAGCAAGCGAUGGCGAAGCUCGCCAUCCUUGGCCACGAUCGCAACAAGCUGGUCGACUGCAGCGACGUCGUCCCCGUGCCGCAACCCGCCGUCAAGAAGCCCGCGACGUUCCCCGCGACGACCGGCCCGAAGGAUCUUCAGCUCACGUGCCGCGCCGAGAGGUUCCCGACCCUCACCACCGACAAUGCUGCUCAAGAGACUCUGAUUCCUCACUGCCCCGACGGCAGCAUGAACUGCACUACGGUCCAGUUCAAUGGCCCGGCAUAAAUUUGCCCAUAGGCAACUUUGGAUACGAUAGUUCUGAUUACCUCGGAGUUAUUGAGUCGUCGGAUGUAUAAGCGUCUCGACAAGUUUGAAUAUGUAUCUAUCUUUCUCACAAGCACCGUACAAAGUGAUGCACCCCUAUGCAUUACGAUCAGCCUGAUCAUGACAACUUGAAGCUCAAAUAUCC